GCCGAGACGAGCACCAGCAGCAGGCCCUUGACCACGCACCGCGAGAAAGGCUCCCCUGCAAGACGACGGAUCAGAGUUAAUCGCCUACUUCAAGUCUCAGAUGAAAGAGGAUCUGGACACAGCCUCGGCAGUGGCAGCCAUACGGACUUUGCUGGAGUUCUUGAAACAAGACAAAGGGGAGACACUCCAGGGCCUGAGAGCGAAUCUCACCAGAGCCAUAGAAACCCUGUGUGGCGUGGACUCCUCUGUGGCGGUGUCCUCCGGUGGGGAGCUCUUCCUGCGCUUCAUCAGCCUCACCUCCCUGGAGUACUCUGAUUACUCCAAAUGUAAAAAGAUCAUGAUUGAGCGAGGAGAGCUUUUUCUCAGGAGAAUAUCACUGUCAAGAAGUAAAAUUGCAGAUCUGUGCCAUACUUUCAUCAAAGACGGGGCGAGGAUCCUGACGCACGCCUACUCCCGAGUGGUCCUCAGGGUCCUGGAAGCAGCUGCGGCGUCCAAGAAGCGCUUCAGUGUGUACAUCACGGAGUCACAGCCUGACCUCUCUGGUAAGAAAAUGGCCAAAGCCCUGUGCCACCUCAACGUCCCUGUCACCGUGGUCCUGGAUGCUGCUGUUGGGUAUAUCAUGGAGAAAGUGGAUCUUGUCAUAGUUGGUGCCGAAGGCGUGGUUGAAAAUGGAGGAAUUAUUAACAAGAUUGGAACCAACCAGAUGGCCGUGUGCGCCAAAGCACAGAACAAGCCUUUCUAUGUGGUCGCGGAAAGUUUCAAGUUUGUGCGGCUCUUCCCCCUGAACCAGCAAGAUGUCCCAGAUAAGUUUAAGUAUAAGGCCGACACUCUGAAGUCUGUGCAGACUGGACAGGACCUCAGAGAGGAGCACCCAUGGGUCGACUACAGCCCCCCUUCCUUAAUAACACUGCUGUUCACAGACUUGGGGGUGCUGACGCCGUCUGCGGUCAGCGACGAACUCAUUAAGCUGUACCUGUAACCACUGAUCCCUUCCUGCCUCGCACAGUGGAUGUAGCUGCGGUGGGGAGGAGUAGCCCCUUCGCCCCUCCGUGAGCCAGGCCAAAACAGAACUGUUUUUUAAUGAAGAUUUAGGGACUGAGGACUUGAAAUCAUGCCUUGGUGAAUUUUGUAUUCAUUUCAGGCCCAUUUAACAUGUUCAUGGUUCCCCUAAAACUCGACCUAAAUUGCACUGAUGGUUUCCAGACACUUUCAUUCAUUUCCUGUUCCCAGAAAUACAAGUUAGAUUAUUGGCUACCUAACCUUUCAGACCCCUCCCCCACCUCCCUCUGCAGGACAGUAAUUUGCCAAAAGCACCUGUUAGAGAGACUCAGGCCUAGAAAAGCAGGUGUUUCUCGCUGUGCCAGGCGCCCCCUAUAACUAACAACUGCCCAGGCCACAGGUUGCACGUGGUGCCUUACAGGAAACACCUGCUCAGCUGGCAUCAGGCUUCCCACAGUGAAUAGGGGCCAGGGGCUACCGUCCCCUGGACACGAUCGAGCCAAACAGAGUGGAAACCAUACAGAGAACCUGAGGAAGGCAGGAAUGACAUUUAGCAGAGUCUCCUGCACAGCCCGCCACUUAGAAAAAUGCCUCCAGGACAUCUGUAAACGUAAAUCCUGAAUCUGGGAAAGAUGUAAAUCUCAACAGGUUUGGGGAAAAAUUCAGGACCUCUUCAAAUAAAUGACAUGAAAGAUUU